AUGUACUAUAAAGAUGCCCAGGGUGCUCAGGGAAGAGGAACUGGGUGGGACGCGGUCCAGGAGAGACAGUCUCCACUGCUCCGGCCAGCAGGGGUCAUCCCGUCCUUCGCGGGGCCCGACUGCCCUCGGAAAGCGACCAGAGCCUCUGGCGCUGUUGGGCGGCGAGCUACUCGGAUCAGCCGGAUCAGCCGAGGCUUUGGGCGCGCUGAGUUGCCUCUUCCUGGGCCCCUGAAAUGGACCAGUCGGCGGGAUCCGGACCGAUCCGGGUCUCAGAGCCCUCUCCACUGGGCCGGGGCGCUGAGGCGUGAGUUGGGGAGUGGCCCAGGCGCCCGAGUCCUCCGGCAGCAGCCGACCCGCCUUUGUCUUGGGGCCUCCCCUAGAGCAACAGCAGCGAGCACUGCGCGRGCCUGCAGCGGUGAGCGGCGGCGGGAGAGACUGGGGAGUCUUGUGGCUGCGGGCGUGAGCCGCGGGGCCCAUCCGCGGAAAAUCGGCAACUCUGUCUCCAUGGAGGCAGAUACAGAAAAGCGGCCGCUCAGGCUUAAGACCAGGCCUGUGGGCUGCGGGAUACCGGACCUUCUGUUCACCUCGCGCUGGAUUACACCAAAACCUUCUGCACCUCCAAAUGCCCACUGCGCAGAGAGGUUUGGAGGCUCCAGGGACGCGGCAGAAGAAAACACAGAUUCYUCGAAUUCCACCGCUCCCUGAAUGAUUUCAUAUCCCAAACUAUUGCUGCUCACUCCGACAGAAAUGUGUCCCCGCGGGCGUCGCCCUAGCAGCUCGCAGCCGGUAGCUCGACGCCCUCCUCUUGCCCAGCUUGGCGGGUUCCGCUUCCCCGCCCCGGCCAGCCAGGCCGCUCGACCGGCCCCUCCCGCCCGGAAGCCGGUCCUGCGCCAGGCCCACUUGCCCGAACCGAAGUCUAGCGGUGGGAUGCCCCUCUGUGCAGUCAACCUACAGUCAGAUCUAGAGGCGCUAAAGAAUGUGCAGGACAUUCGGACUGGAUUGGUCUUUUUGUGCYUAAUUGAUUAAGGGGCCUCGAAGCUGCAGAGAGGAGCAUCCCUCAGCUGCAAAUUCCGUAUCACWGCAUUUCCAACAUCUCAUUUCCCGUCUUCAAGAUGCAUUAAUGAGCGCUGUUGAAAUUUUAAUUUUUAUAAUUUUUAUUUGGGGGUUACUUUGGUCAUAAAGAUAAACAGGGUGUGACUUUAA